AUGUCGUCGAUAAAUACGCUGUCAGAAGUACCCACGCGAGUGGAUGAGCUGCCGCCAGACUUGCUCGCGAUGAGGACUUCCAACGCCGAGAAGGGCGUGAACAUCCUCGCGCAGACUCCCAGCCGGCCCUUCUCCUAUCGUGAGGAUGAGACGGUUUACGCCAAGUUCACCCCCAAGCGCAAGAUCCUGAUCACAGCCAUUGUGUCCUUUGGUGGUCUAGGGGUCAAUCUGGCAGCCCUCCUGGUAUUAUCGGCCCUGCCUGAGGUGGCAGCGGCUUUCAACACCACGGGAACCAUUAUCAACUACUCCAACGCGCUAUUCCUAUUGAUCAUGGGCAUCGGUGUCCUCUUCUGGGGCCCGAUUAGUCAGGUGUAUGGCAGAAAAUGGGUUUUUGUCAUCUCGACAGUGUUGUUCUGCACAUUCUCUCUGGCGACUGCGAAGGCCCCCAACCUCGCAGCUUUCUUUAUCUUCCGAUGCAUCACCGCGUUCGGAGGCACUUGCUUCCUGGUCGUGGGCUCAAGCUGCUUAAGCGAUGUGUACCGACCGACUGAACGCGGUACGGCGUUGGGCUGGUUCUUGGGUGGCACUUUGAUUGGACCUGCCUUUGGUCCCUUCCUUGGAGGCGUCAUCGUGACUUACUCUACGUGGGAAUCGCUCUUCUGGUUCCAAGGUGCUGUAGGAGGAGUAGCAAUGAUCCUGGCCGUUGCUUUCUUGCCGGAAACAAGUCAUGGCAAGUGGUCCGAAGAGCUGGAGGGGCUCACCUUCAAGGAGAAGGUUGGACAGGUCUGGGAAUGGACCAACCCAUUCCGUGUCAUUUCCCUCUUCCGUCAUCCGAGGAUUCUUCUUGUGGGCAUCGCCGCAUCAUCGAUUUUGUGGAACAUGCAAGUUCUCUUGACGCCCGUUCGUUACGUGAUCAACCCGCGAUUCAACCUCACUUCCCCGCUGCAAUCCGGAUUCUUCUUCCUGGCUCCGGGAGCGGGAUAUCUCGUAGGCACCUUCGUCGGCGGCCCCUACGCGGACUACACCGUCAAGAAGUGGAUCAAGAAGCGUGGUAGGCGGGUGCCGGAGGACCGACUCCGAAGUGCUUUUGUUGCCAUGGGGUUGGUAAUUCCAGGAAGUGCGAUCAUCUACGGAUGGGCUAUCGAUCAACAAAAGGGAGGCAUCCCCCUCCCCAUUAUCUGCAUGUUUGUGCAGGGUGUUGCUCAGAUGGUCUGCUUUCCUUGCCUAAACAGUUAUUGCCUAGAUGUCUUCCGAGACCGGGCAUCCGAAGUCAUGGCGAGCAACUACUUCAUUAGGUACCUAUUCGCCGCUAUUGCGACAGCAGUAUGCCUUCCGGGAGUCCAGGGCAUUGGUGUCGGUUGGUUUUCGACAGUGAGUGCUCUAUUCGUCAUGGUGUCCUCUGCUGCUGUGAUCUGCAUCGUAAUCUUUGGCUCGAAGACGAAGAAGACGGCGGAAGAAAAAGUUGAGAGCGCUUAA